UUUAGUGUUUUAAGUCAUUUUCUUUCCAUGUAGUUGUACUCAAAAACAUGACGCAUAUACCGUUUGUAAUCUUUGCCUGGUUUUCAUUGCUAGUAUGUGGUCUCCUCCAAGACGUUACGGGAGCGCAUGUUCCCGUGACUGAUGACGAGGACCCAGGAAAGCCCUUAUUUCUGACGCCGUAUAUCGAGCGCGGUGACAUCAAGGAAGCGAGGCGGCUAGCACGAGUUACGCUCAACAACUUAACGAGCUACUCGGGCUUGUUCACCGUCAACAAAGCGUACGAUUCGAACCAAUUUUUCUGGUAUUUCCCCACCAUGUCUUCGAACAAAGACAAGGACCCCGUGGUCUUGUGGUUGCAAGGUGGACCAGGCGGAUCCUCCAUGUUUGGUUUAUUUCAAGAAAAUGGACCGAUUGCAGUACAAAAUGGGAAAAUCGUACCCAGGAUAUAUCACUGGGCGCUGAAUUAUCAUCUACUUUACAUCGACAACCCUGUGGGUGCGGGAUUCAGCUUCACCAAUAACGUAAACGGGCUUUGUACAGACGAAACACAGGUCGGUGAACAACUUUACUCAACCCUAACACAGUUCUUCCAACUUUUCCCGGAGCUGCAGAAAAAUGAUUUCUUCAUCACGGGUGAAUCUUACGCUGGAAAAUAUGUCCCAGCUCUCGCUUACACUAUAAUGAAGAAGAACUCGUCAAAAAGUUUAAAAACUAACGUCAACCUGAAAGCGCUAAUGAUUGGCGGGGCUUGGAUAAAUCCUGACAGUCAACGACAUUUUGUUCCGAAGUAUCAUUUGUGUGAAGGUAAAAAACCUAUGAAAGGAAAUGAAAAGUGGAUUACGAAUAGUCAAAGAAAAAAUGAACGGAAUAAUUUAAAUGAAGACGAUUACGUAUCGGUAAUAACUACAAACGCUGUAAGGAAAGCUAUCCAUGUCGGAGACUUGUCAUUCGCAGAUCUAAACGGGACUGUGUAUGAUAUAAUGAAAGUAGAUUUUUGUCAAUCCAUGGCUCCUUGGUUGUCGGAAAUACUAGACCAUUAUCCGGUAACGCUUUAUGGUGGAGAGUUAGACGGGACCGUACCAUAUGAUGGGAUUGUAGAUUUUUUGCACAAUCAUUUCAAUUUCACGGGUGCUGAGGAGUACAGGUCCGCGAAGCGCUACGAGUGGCGCGUGGACGGGGAGCCGGCGGGCUGCGUGCGGCGCGCGAAGCGGCUCACGGAGGUGUACGUGCUGGACGCCACGCACUUCGUGCCCGCAGACCAGCCCAAGCGCUCCUUGGACAUGCUCACGAGGGUCACGAGCGGGAAGGGCUUCGACCAAAAGGAAAUUUGUUCAGUACCUUCAUAAAGGCGGUCAAAAUUAUGUUAAUUAAGCAUUUUUCUGUAACCUUUUGCUUUAUAUAAUUAUUAAUUUUUAAUUGUAACUUUAUAAAUUUGUUAUAGGUAAUCUGAACAUAAUACAAUAAUUCAAAAAGGUUCUUCAGAUUUUUUAAAAAUUAACUUUAGUACAAAAUAUAUACUAUUUUCGAAUACUUUCAUUAAAUACCUACUUACUACGUAAUUGAAUUCUUUUGGGAUGU